AUGAAUUCGCCCACCGCAACUAUCAACGGUAUCACCAUCCGAAACCACGCACAGCCCUACGAAGCCAUCUCAGCUCAGCGACCUGACCUAUCCCAAGCAGGUCGAACUGUCCUCGUCUGCGGCGGUUCUACAGGCAUUGGCCACGCAAUUGCACGAAACUAUUGCAUCGCGGGAGCAUCCGAUGUCAUUAUAUUAGGUCGCCGGAGCGAUGUUGCCGAAGAGGCCGCCUCCAAGCUAAAUGAGGCUUACCCCAGCACCAAGGUGACUUGGCGUACCUGCGACCUGUUCAAUAGAGAUCAGGCAAUCCAGCUUUGGGAUGAUUUGGAGAAGGAAAAGACGUCAGUUGACGUUCUCAUUAUUAAUGCUGUUGGCCAGCCAGAGCUUAAGUCAAUCCUAGAACAAGGUGCGGAUAGACUCUGGCAGGACUUUGAGAACAACGUCCAUGCUCCUUUAUACCUUGUUGAGAGAUUCUAUAAGCAGCCCGGACAUAAGAAACAAAAGUUCGUUGUAUCGGUGUCAACCCAAGAUAUCCAUCGUUGGGAUAGCGCGCCUCAGAUGCCUGGAUACCAACUGACCAAGAACUCUUUCGCCACCGUCAUGCAGCAAAUUGCUCGUGAUACACCAGAAUCCAACAUGCGAAUCAUAUCAUUCCAUCCAUCGAUUGUGUUUACAGAAGCAGCGAAGAAGGCUGGAUAUACCGAGGACACUCUGCCUUGGACAGAUGAGAAUAUCCCUGGCGGCUUCGCUGUAUGGGCUGCAUCACCAGAGGCGCAGUUCCUCCAUGGCCGUUUCGUAUGGUCUACAUGGGACGUAAAUGACCUAGCCUCUGGAGAGCUCAGGAGCAAGAUUGACUCGGACCCAUGGUUACUUAAGGUUGGGGUCAAAGGCCUAUAA